AUGCCUGGACCCGAUCUAACAAUUGAUGAACAACUGGUGGCCUUUAGGGGACGUUGCCCUUUUAGGCAGUAUAUACCAUCAAAGCCAGCGAAAUACGGCCUAAAAGUUUUCGUUCUAGUUGAUUCAAGUAACAUGUAUACCUUGAAUCUAGAAAUAUACGCUGGAACUCAACCAGGCGGUCCUUUUCAAUUAUCUAACAGCCCUUCGGAUGUUGUCAAGCGACUUGUUUCUUUUAUUAGAGGAACAUAUCGUAAUAUAACCAUGGACAAUUGGUUUUCUAGCUUUCCACUUGCUGUUCAACUAAAAAAUGAAUUCAAACUUACUAUGCUCGGGACAGUCAAGAAAAAUAAACGAGAAAUACCGGCAGAGUUUAUAAAUACUGCUGAGAGACCAGCAUUGAGUAGUCAGUUCGCGUUUCAUAAUGAGUGCACUCUUGUAUCGUUUGUUCCAAGAAAGAAAAAAAAUGUACUGGUUCUAUCUACAAGCCAUGCAGAUGACAGUAUUGACCAUGAAACUGGCAAACCAACGAUGGUAGUGGAUUACAAUCACACCAAGUUUGGAGUUGAUGUUGUCGACCAGAUGUGUGCCUCGUACAAUGUUGCUAGAAAUAGUAGGAGAUGGCCUCUUACUAUAUUUUUUGAUAUGAAUAUAGCAGCAAUUAAUGCAUUAGUAUUAUUCCAAAUGAACAACUCAAACCUAACUCACAAACGACGCGAUUUUUUACGCACCUUAGCUUUGGAUCUUAUGAAACCGCAAAUUAGGAAACGAUCUGGCAUUCCCAAUAUUUCAACACAGUUGAGGGAACGAUGCUGUUUGCUUGUAACCGAACGUUUGGAAGAAUCAUCUACUUCUGCAAACAACAUUGCAUCACCGUCAAAGAAGGCCCGAACAGGAAAUGGUCGGUGCUACAUAUGUCCUCGCAAAAGAGACAAAAGGACCAGAGACUACUGCUCCAUUUGCAAUAAUUGGAUUUGCAAAGAUCAUCAAAAUGAUUCGCCUAUAGUGUGCUUAAAAUGCGAAGAAAAAGAAGACGAAUAA